GCGUUGGUUGGCGCACGGCGUGUCCUCCCCAAGCCCCGCCCCCCGGCGGCGCCUUCUAAACACGUCCUUCCGCUCGAUUCCUCCUCUUUUUCUCUUGUCCGCCAUCCUAUGUGUGGUUGGAUUUGCUCCUCGUCAUGUCUUCUCACAAGACUUUCAGGAUCAAACGAUUCCUGGCCAAGAAACAAAAGCAGAAUCGUCCCAUUCCCCAGUGGAUUCGAAUGAAAACUGGUAAUAAAAUCAGGUACAACUCUAAGAGAAGACAUUGGAGAAGAACCAAGCUGGGUCUAUAAGGAGCCUCACAUAUGAAGUGGCACACAUAAUCAGAACAUCACUAGUGUCUGGAACAGCUGCCUGUGUUUGAUGCUCUCUCCUCUUUUCUUGAUCUUUCCUCACCACUGCUCACUGUGUAGCUCAGUAAUAAACCAUGUGAACCUUUUGUUGGAACUGUUAUUGUAUUAUUCUGGUUUGUGAUGAUGUACUGAAUAAAUACCCCUCCUAUCAGAUGUAACACAGGACUGUUCAAUGAUAGAAAUGUUCUCUAGUUACCAGGUACUUAGAAGUAUGGCUAGUAAAAGUAAGGAACUGGUUUGUUAGAUUUUGUUGUUUAAUAGCUCCCUGUAACUAGCAGCUCUUAUACCUACUGUUACGGGAAGUGCGCGUAUGUGUCAUUCUCAUACCUGAGGGUAGCACCUUCUUAAAAGGCUUUUGGGGGCUGGCGUACCACGACGCAGGCAGGGUCUUAGUUCCCUGACCAAGGAUCGAACUCGUGCAGCCUUAACCACUGGACUGCCAGGGAAGUCCCAUAAAAAUCAUUCAUGUACUAUUCUAUGGUGCCAGUCCUCAAAGAGUAGGAAUCACGUGAACCAGGGAUUGGCAAACUGGUCUGCUGAAUGUAUGGCCUGUGAACUAAAGUUCUGCAUUUUUUAAAAAUAAAUUUAUGUAUUUAU